CCGCUUGGUGCCUGCCUUCGGUCCCCCAUCAGCCCUGUCUUCUAUCCAGAUCAGAGCAAAAGCGCACCCCUCCUGUUCCUCGACGCAGACCCCUCGUGUGCCUCAUCGCCCCCCCCUCCAUCGCUCUCCGUCGCAUCCAUCCACCCACCCACCCGCCUGCCCAGCCGCUCCCCAUUCCAUCACCUCUUCCUCCUCGCAACCAGAGGGGCCAUGGAUCCUUGGGAGGGCCAGUCCUAUGUCACGGUUCUUGGAGUGAUCCAAGACAUCCAUGCCUCUAUUCGAUUUGUGCUGAGCUCGCUGCCGACGCCCGAAGCCAUCCAGCGACUCAGGGAGAUUCUGAGAGAGUCCUUUGACAAAUGCAAGUCUGUUUCCGAAUUAAUGGGGCCGUCCAGCCCCGAUGGUCCAGAGCCGCUCGAUGAUGGCCAGACACAGGUCAUGUCCUACGUUGUCGACUCGCUUCUCGUUCUUCUCGAAACGUCGUCUGUCGAGCUCGACCGGUGCAGCGACUUUGUCGCCUCGCUCCACAGCUAUAUCUCGUACGCCGACCCGAUCGAUCGAGACAACCAAACAUUCUUCCGGCACCGUCUUGACGAAUCGUCUGGCAGCUCAUCAUCCGCGGGACAGUCUCACUCAAGCACGUCGUAUCUGCCGGACCAGCACCGGGGCGGUCCACAUGUGCACCACCAUGAGCUCCAGCCUCGCGAUCCUGCUGCCGCAGGGUCAAUGUCGCCGUCUCCACCCAACCAGUCCAGUCGAAUGACUCGGCACCCGCCAACAAGAGCCGCCUCCGCCUACCAUCAAACUGGCACGGGUGUCUGCCUUCCCGACCGGACAGAUCAUCCCCAGCACAAUCCGCCGGACGUGGCUCUGCCACCGAGAGCUGCCCGAGCUCUCGAACAGCGACGCAGCUCGUUUGAUCUCUCUGACGACCACUCGGCGACGGCGGCGUCCCACGGCAGAGACCACACCGAUGUCCCGCGCCAGAGCAUGGUGGAGGACAGCCCGUCGCCUCAGAGGACCACUGGAUCCGUUAACCAGAAAACCGCAGAUGAUGUCGCCGCAGACGCUGGCCCGCAAGCCGGCUGGUCCGAGGCAAGUCUGCACAGAAGCUUUGACAGGCCGGCAAGGGCAGUCGGCGAUUUGGGCUUUCGAGGCGGAGGCUCUGUGGGUCCGGACGAGUCGAGGCGGGGAGUUUGGCAGGGCGAUGCUGUGUUUGGCAGGACUUGUCUGCGGCGCCUCGCCUUUUUUUGGCGUGGUGAUCGACAACAGGCUCGCUUUUUGGCAGGAGCAGCCCAAUCAACCCUCGUCCCCUCAUAGACCAAUGCGAGCCCGUUGCAACCCACCCCUCCCCGUGGCGUUGGUUGGUGCAGCCCGCCCUGACCCGAUCACUCUGUUUCCGCCCGCACUCCGACUCACAGCAUGCUGCGGGCC